AUGUCUGCUGAACUUGCUGUCGUCUACGCUGCUCUCAUCCUCGAGGAUGACAACAUUGAAAUCACUGCUGACAAGCUCCAAACCCUUGUUGCCGCUGCCGGUAUUGAAGUUGAACCUAUCUGGUUCUCUCUCUACGCUAAGGCUCUCGCCGGUCAAGACCUCAAGGCUCUUCUCUUGAACGUCGGUGCUCCUGGUGCUGGUCCCGCUGUUGCUGCUGGUGGUGCCGCUGCCGGUGCUGCUGCUGAUGCUCCUGCCGAAGAAGAAAAGGCUGAAGAAAAGGAAGAAUCUGAUGAUGAUAUGGGUUUCGGUCUCUUCGAUUAA